AUUCCAAAGCCGCUUACCACGAGUCGCGACUUCACUAAGCGAGAUAAAUCAAAAGCAUGUCUUUUCUGAUUCCCAACCCUCGCCUCAUCCUCCCUGCUCGUCGCCUCGCUCUUCCCUCAUCACGGUCGACGAGCCCGCGUCAACUCCUCCAUGGUGCGGACACCGCCUCAGCCACCCUCUCCUCUCCUCCCAGCAAUACCGUCGCCUCCGGGGUACCGUCCUCGGAGAUCCUCUCUAUCCGAGACUCUCUUCUCUCUCGACGGAGAACAGCAUCAGACAUCGCCGGCGAGUAUCUGGACCGCCUCCAUAAGGUGGAGCCGCAAAUCCGGAGCUUUCUUCAUGUCUCGGAGUCUGCAAUGAAAGAAGCCGAAGAGGUGGACCGAAUGGUCGCCGCUGGAAGGGAGCUGCCGCCACUGGCCGGUGUUCUUGUUGGUGUGAAAGACAACAUCUGCACAGUCGACAUGCCUUCGACAGGCGGAUCGAAAAUUCUGAAGGGUUAUAGGCCAGCGUUUGAUGCCACUGCGGUGAGGAGGCUUAGGGAGGCUGGAGCGAUUGUUGUGGGGAAAACGAACCUGGACGAGUUUGGAAUGGGGAGCAGUACCGAGGGUUCUGGAUUUCAGGUCACUGCAAAUCCCUGGGAUCUAUCACGGGUUCCUGGAGGUUCAUCAGGGGGUUCAGCUGCUGCUGUUUCAGCUAGGCAAUGUGUGGUGUCUUUGGGAAGUGACACUGGGGGUAGUGUAAGGCAGCCAGCAUCUUUCUGUGGUGUUGUUGGAAUGAAACCAACAUAUGGUCGAGUUUCUCGGUUUGGGCUCAUGGCAUAUGCCUCAUCACUCGACGUAAUUGGGUGCUUUGGUUCUUCUAUUGCUGAUGUUGCAAUUCUUCUUAAUGUGAUUUCAGGUCAUGACAGAUUAGAUUCUACAAGUAGCAAGCGGGAUGUGCCAGACUUUGCAAAUGAGUUGGUCUCAUUAAAUAAUCUAGAUUCAAAACCUUUAAAGGGGUUAAAAGUUGGGCUGAUUCGGGAAACUAUUGGUGAAGGAGUUGAUGCAGGAGUCGUUUCAGCAGUGCAGGCUGCUGCUUCACAUUUGGAGCAUUUAGGAUGUGUUCUAAAUGAGAUAUCACUGCCUUCAUUUUCUCUGGGUCUACCUGCUUACUAUAUAUUGGCUUCAUCAGAGGCUUCUUCUAAUUUAUCACGCUACGAUGGUUUAAGGUAUGGAAACCAGGUUGGGAAUGGAGAACUAAGUUCUAUUUAUGGUCAUUCGAGAGCCAAUGGUUUUGGUGACGAGGUCAAAAUGAGAAUCUUAAUGGGAACAUAUGCACUUUCAGCGGGGUACUAUGAUGCUUACUAUAAACGAGCACAGCAGGUAAGAACAUUGAUUCAAAAGUGUUUCAGGGAUGCAAUGAAUGACAAUGACAUACUCAUUUCACCUGCAGCUCCAUCAGCUGCUUAUAAGAUAGGUGAAAAGACCAACAAUCCUCUUGCAAUGUAUGCUGGCGACAUCAUGACUGUUAAUGUCAACUUGGCUGGGCUCCCAGCCCUCGUUGUUCCCUGCGGAUUUGUUGACGGUGGACCAGCUGGUCUUCCUGUUGGACUUCAGAUAAUUGCUGCAGCCUUUUGUGAGGAUACAUUGUUGAGGGUUGGCCAUAUAUUUGAGCAAACGCUUCAGAACUGCAGAUUUGUUCCACCACUGUAUGGAGCAAAUUAGAGCUCUUGAAAAUUAAUGGUGCUGAUCCUUUGGGAUUGGGAAGGGAUUCCUUUGAAUGCUAAUCUUGUUGAGAAUUGAAUUUUUUUUCUUCCAUUUUUAGAUAUUAUUUGUACUUACAGUGUAUACUAAUCUCUGUACUAGCAUGUAUAUUUUGGUAAAAGCCACAAUGGCUUUCAUUAGGAGUAAUUUAUCAAUAUUAAAUAUUGAUGUUAUCUGUGUU